AUGGGUUUCCUGGAGGCAUGGCAGCAGCAACAUCGGCAGCAGCAGCAGCAACAGCAGCCGCCGCAGCAGCAGCAGCCGCAGCAGCAGCAGCAGCAGCCGCAGCAGCAGCAGCAGCAGCAGCAGCAGCAGCAGGGACGCGCGGUGGUGCCACAGCGGCUGGAGGAGCACGACGAGCAGCCGCUGCUGUUGCUGGAGCAGCAGCAGCAGCAGCAGCAGCAGCAACAGCAGCAACAGCAGCACCAGCAGCAGCCCCAGAACCAGCAGCAAGAGCAGCAGCAGGUGUGGAAAAGGCAGAGGCCUGCCCCAGUGAAGCGCACCCCGGGUCCGAGCCCGCUGCGGGGCGCGCUGGCGCAGCUGCAGCUGCAACAAAUCCGAGAACGGCAGUCAGCGGCGGCUGCUGAGGCUGCGGUUGUGCGAGGAGAGACAACGCAGCAGCAGCAGCAGCAGCAGCAGCAGCAGCAGCAGCCAGCGCUGCACUCCUCUCUGGAGCUUGCGCAGGCCGUCGCUGAGGCGCAGCGUGCGCCUUCCCAGCCGGCAGCAGCCAUGCAGGCAGCCCGCGCGGACAUUUCCUGCCCCGCGGCUGCUGCAGCAGCGGCAGCCGCUAGCACACCCGCACCAGACGGCGCAGCAGCUGCAAGUGCCGACGUUGCGAUGGCAGGCAUAAGCGAGGCGGUCAUGAGAGCAGUCGCGCACCUGCGCCCGCGGGUCGAGGGCAUCGCGGAGUCGCUGCAGCUUUGCCGUCAGGAAGCUUCGGAGCAGCUGCACGCGGCAACCACGCAGCUGCAGCAACGGCUUGACGAGCUGGAGGCGCGGCAGCAGUUCGAGGCGCAGCAGACGGCGGCGCUGGGAGAGCUGCAGAGGAGGGUGGCAGCCCUGGAAGCUGGGCAGCAGCAGCUGCAGGAGCAGCAGCAGCAACAGCAACAGCACGUGUCUGGCAGCCUGAAGGAUGUUGUCGCGUUGACGGAGGAGCGCAUGGCGGCCCGGGUGGCGGCCGAGGAGCAGCUGCAUGCUGCGUUGGAGGAGGAUCGACGCGCACUGGAGGCCCGGCUGGCUGGCGAGCGCGCGCGCCAGUGGGACGAGCAGCACCGGCUGAGAGGGGAGCUGCGUGAGGAGCAGGCGCGGCACUUGGAGGCGCGCCUGGAACAGCACGUUGAGGACACCGCUGCGGCGUCCGCAGCUGCGGCGGCAGCCGGGGACGCGCAGCGAGCCGGCCGCUCAGACUCGGAGGGGGGUGGCGGCAACACAGAAGCUACCGAGCAACGGCUGGACGGGCUGGAGUUCAAGGUGGCACAGUUGCAGCUGGUGGUGGACGAGGCGGCAGCAGCCAAAGGCGAUGGAAACCCCUCGGCCACGGACGAGCAGCGGCGGCUGGCGUGGCAGCAGGAGCAGCAGGGGCGGCAGGUGGCGGCGCUGCAGCGGGAGCUGCAUGAGCUGAGGGGCGAGGCGGCGGCGCUGAGCACUGGCGGCGGCGGGCGCGGCCUCCAGACGCCUGGCGAUGGCACUGGGCGCAGCAGCGGGGCAGAGAGCAUAUCUUUGCGGGUGACGGCGCUGUCAGAGGUGUGCGAGGCGAUGGCGAGCCAGCUGGCAGAGUGCUACGCGGCGACUGCCGCGCAGCUGCCAAUGCGGCUGGCGGAGGUGGAGAACCGCGUGCAAGCAACAGCACAGACAACGGCGGAUGUUGUCAAGGUGAUUGCCCAGAAGCAUCAGGACAUCGCGGCGUUGUUCCAAGACCUCAGAUCACACCAGAUCGCAAUGGAUGAGCGGCUCGAGGAGCUCACCAGGCGCCUCGGCAGCGUCAAGCCCGCGCCCGCGGCGCCCGCACUGCGUCGUCCGACCCGCAGCGCCGCCGGCAGCGGCGGGAGGGACGCAGCGGAAGACGGCGGCAGCUGGCAAUCCGAGGGUGAGGGCGGGCGCCUGUCACAGGUGUGA